AUGGGUCCAUAUGUUUCGAUAGUCGUAAACUAUGAUACGCAAAUUAUUACAUACAAUUGGUGUGAUGCGGCUAAAUUGCUUGGACAGAUAACAGCUGUGAUCAAUAAAAAAAUUCGCAAUGGAGUUCAUAAACUUGUGAGCAUACUUGCUGUUCACAAUACAAUUAUGCUCACUAAUAUGCUACUACUUUUACUAAUGAUUGCUGCUAUCGUUAUCUGGUGUUUGUUUCAACAUUGUCGAAGUACAGCUGUAGAGAUACGUGUCGUGGACAAACCAUCGGCUAAAAAGUCUCCAGAAAAAAAUAAAGAUGGAUGUAAAGUCUAA